AUGAGUAGAGACAUUGUUAAGAUAAUUUCUCCAGCGGAAUUUAGAACGCUUUUCAAAUCCUCCUCACCUCAAAAGAGAGUCAUUGCACUUGAUUCAACAUGUUACUUACCAAAUAGCCCGAAAGAUGGUUUAGCUCAAUUCUUGAAUGAAGACAGAUUACCAAAUGCUUCUUACAUUGAUAUUGAUGUUCUAGCUCUUCCUGGAUCUAAAUAUCCACAUAUGCUUCCUACAGCAAGCAUAUUCAAGAAAGUCAUAUCUGAAAUGGGGAUCUUAAAGACUGAUCGAUUAGUUUUAUACGACAGGACACCUAACUUUUCAAGUCCUAGGGCAGCUUGGAGCUUACUGCUCUUUGGUCAUAAGGAGGUCUAUUUGUUGGAUAAUUAUGUAAAGUAUAAACAGGAAGGAUACCCAAUCGACAAUUCGAAGAUUAGCUCUCCUCCAAAGUUAUCGACUGGUGCCGAUUAUGAGACAAUACCAGAGGAACAGAUUAUUAAGCGCUACCACGACCAGGUCAUAACAUUCGAGGAGCUAUUGAGUCUUGUUGAAUCAGGUAAUUUAGCCAAAGAUUAUUACUUCUUUGAUGCACGGACGCAUGAAAGGUUUACCGGCAAGGGGCCCGAACCCAGACCAGAGUUAAGCUCCGGCCACAUCGAGUCAUCAUUAAAUUUGCCUGCGGGUCAAGUACUCAAUGCGGACCGUACCUUCAAACUGAAGAAGGAGCUUUUAGAGUUGUUUAAAACGAGAUUUGAUCUUGAUUUGUCAAAACCUGAUCUAAAUGGUAAAAAAGGUAUUAUUGUACUGUGCGGUACUGGUGUAACUGCAGUUAUAUUGAAAUUGGCAAUAGAGUCAGUUAUAGGAGCAGAUGUUCCAAUUCGUGUUUACGAUGGCAGUUGGACCGAAUGGACACAGAGAGCACCUGCAAAAUAUAUAGUCAAGGAUGCAUAA